AUGAACCCGGCUCUUGGUCAUCCGCAGCCUGUUCCCCGCAGGACAACUAAACCACUGAUCCAGGAAUUAUUCGGCUCUGCUGCAGUGUUGUUUGCUUACUCGUGUUUCAGCACAAAAACCAGGACUCCUGCUGCAGCGCCUUGGCUCCAACGCCAGUAUCUGAGCAGUGGAAAGCCAGCGGGACCUCAUCACGAGAGAGUCGCAGAUCCGUCAGCGGCUCCUGAUGAAGAGGAGGAUGAUGAUGAUGUGAUGCUGGUGGCUGUGUACGAGGCCGAGCGCUCGCUGCAGGCCGCUCCGGAGCCGGGCUUCGACCCCUCGGCGGGCCGCGUCUGGAUCUACCCUGUUAAUUACCCUCUCCGCGAGUACCAGCUGCGGAUCUCGGAGGCGGCGCUGCUGCGGAACACGCUGGUGUGCCUCCCCACCGGCCUCGGCAAGACCUUCAUCGCCUCCGUGCUCAUGUACAACUUCUACCGCUGGUUCCCCGCCGGCAAGAUCGUCUUCAUGGCUCCCACCAAACCACUGGUGGCUCAGCAGAUCCAGGCCUGCCACGGGGUCAUGGGCAUCCCGCAGGAACACAUGGCCGAGCUCACAGGCUCGACGGCGGCGCAGCAGCGGAGGGAGCUCUGGAGAUCCAAGCGCGUCUUCUUCUUGACUCCUCAGGUGAUGGUGAACGAUCUGAGCCGUAACUCCUGUCCGGCCGCACACGUCAGGUGUGUAGUGAUCGACGAGGCCCACAAGGCCACCGGGAACCACGCGUACUGUCAGGUACAGCUUCACCCGAAUUAUUCGAGAUGACCAACCAAACAAACAAAUCACUCCCUCGCUCUAGCGCUCAGCGCCACACCUGGAGGAGACGUCAAGGCGGUGCAGCAGGUGAUCUCUAACCUCCUGAUCUCUCACAUCGAGCUGCGAUCGGAGGACAGUCCAGACGUCCAGACACACGUCCAUCAGCGCAGUCUGGAGAAGAUCGUGGUCCCGCCGGGAGAGACGCUCGCGCAGUAUCAGACGCGUCUCCCGCAGGUUUUGGAGAAGUUCACGUCGCGUCUGACCCAGAUGAGGCUGUUGAAUCAGCGUGACCUCCGCUCCCUCACCAAAUACCAGAUCAUUCUGUCACGAGAACAGUUCAGACGCAACCCGCCGCCACACAUCCAGGUACACCAGGGCGUGAUCGAGGGGGAUUUCUCCAUCUGCAUCAGUCUGUAUCACGGCUAUGAGUUACUGCAGCAGAUGGGCCUCAGAUCUCUCUUCCUCUUCAUUCAGAACAUCUUCUCUGGACCCAGAGAGUCCGCUCGCGUGAGGAACGAGCUCCAGAGGAGUCCGGUCUUCAUGGAUCUCUACAGGGAAAUGGAGAGCAUGUUCACCACAGCCAGCAGAGGUUUCAGAGAUACACUCCACCCCAAACUACAGAAGCUGGACGAGGUCGUGCUGCAGCACUUUCAGACGUGGGCCAAGAGCUCAGCUACAAAUUCGAAGCCGUCCACUGAGGUGAGCACACGUGUGAUGAUCUUCUCGUCCUUCCGCGAGAGCGUGCAGGAGAUUGCUGAGAUGUUGAGCCGCCAUCAGCCGCUGGUGAGGGUCAUGACCUUCAUGGGUCAAGCGUCGGCCGGGAAAGGGGUUCGAGGAUUCACCGCAGAAAGGAAGUGCAUGGUGGUGCGUCGGUUCCGUGAAGGAGGCUUCAACACUCUGGUGUCCACCUGUGUGGGUGAGGAGGGUCUGGACAUCGGUGAGGUGGAUCUCAUCGUGUGUUUCGACGCUCAGAAGAGUCCGAUCCGUCUGGUCCAGCGCAUGGGCCGCACAGGGCGCCGGCGUCAGGGACGAAUCGUGGUCAUUCUGACAUACAACCAUGAGCCAGAGCAACCGGCGCAGCAUCAACAAGAGCAUCAUGGAAACAAGGACAGUUUCCAGUUUUGCUCACAGUCCGCGCAUGCUGCCCGCGGGGGUCACGCCGACGCUGCACAAGAUGCACAUCAGCUGCGGGUCAGUUUCGAGCACAAACCGGUGAAGGGCCGCCGCUCGGCGCUCGCGCUGCAGAUCAACG